CUAAGAUUACACUUUCUCAGUCUCUAUUGCAGGGAAAUAAUGGAUUUUGUGACAACAAUAUAAUUUACCAAAUGUAUAGGAUUAACAAGAUCAAGGACAAGAAUGCACAAAAGAUUGCUGAGUUUCUCAAUUUUUUGACAGGAUCACUUGCACUCUCUAAGCACAUUGUCGAGACUACCAAGUUUUUUAGCAUAACUGUCAGUUGUGAGCUUUUAAGGAUUGAAGAUGUCUGAAGCUGAAGCAAACUCUCAACUAGGCUUGAAAUCCCGGUGAAGGUGAAGGUGAAGGUGAAGUGAUUUAGAUUUUUAGAUACUUACACUCCUUUUUUGCCAUGAGACAAAGCUUGGGAAGAAUUUCAAGUCCCACCAUCGGCAAUGCCACCAAACACAAUUUGAUCGCCUUCUCCUCCUCUGCUUUUUCCACUUCUGCUGGUGGCGGUGGAGGCAGAGGUAGGGGACGAGGCUCCUCCAACUUCGAAUUCACAGUUCCCACCACCACCACCCCCGCUCCGCCUACCCCUGGUGAUGGUGAUGGUGAUGAAAAUGAUCCGAAAGGCUUCCCAUCUGGGAUGGGUCAUGGCCGAUGUAAACCCCUACUUGGUACCCCUAUUCUUCCAUCAUUUUCUUCUUUCAUCUCUUCCAUUGUUAGUAGUAGUGGCAACAACAACACUACUACUGGACGUGGCAGAGCCUCUGCCCCUCCUUUGCAAUCUGAGCAUGAGCCUAAGAGACCCAUUUUCUUUAGCAAAGAAGACGCGACUGAUUUGACCACUCCCUCUAAAAUCCAAAUUGGAAAUCCCCCAGACAGCAACCUCCCCUCCAGUAUUUUAUCUGUCCUGUCUGGUGCCGGCCGUGGAAAGCCCUCCGCUAAACAAUUGUUUCUCGACGACAUGCCUAAGGAAGAAAACUACCACCUUAGGUCCCGUCAUACUGCUAUAGGGAGAGGCCAAGUAUCCAUUGACACUAAGAGUAGUGCAACCCCAAAGUUGAGCCGUGGGGAGGCUGUGAAGAAGGCCGUGGGGAUAUUGUCGAGGGGCAGUGUUGAUGUGGCAGACAGAGUGGAGGACGGUGGGACGGGAACAGGUAGUUUUAGAGGGAGAGGCACUCGCGGCGGUGGCCGAGGGAGGGGUUGGAGAGGCAGAGGGAGAGGCGCAGGAAGAGGAGGUCGUGGGGUUCAAGAUGCGGACGAUGACUACGGAGCCGGCCUUUAUCUUGGUGACAAUGCUGAUGGUGAGAAAUUGGCUAAGAGGAUUGGACCCGAGAAUAUGAAUAAAUUGGUGGAAGGAUUCGAAGAGAUGAGCGGCAGUGUGUUGCCUUCUCCUAUGGAUGAUGCCUACUUGGAUGCUCUCCACACUAAUUUCAUGAUUGAAUGCGAACCAGAGUACUUGAUGGAGGAGUUUGGUACAAACCCAGUUAUUGACGAGAAGCCGCCCAUUCCUCUUCGGGAUGCACUUGAGAAGAUGAAGCCAUUCCUAAUGGCUUAUGAGGGAAUUCAGAGCCAAGAAGAGUGGGAGGAAGUUGUGAAAGAAACAAUGGAGAAAGUCCCUGUUAUAAAAGAGCUUGUGGAUCACUACAGUGGACCGGACAGAGUAACUGCUAAGAAACAACAGGAAGAGCUGGAAAGGGUAGCAAAAACUCUUCCUCAAAGUGCACCUGCUUCAGUCAAGCGUUUUACUGAUCGUGCUAUUCUCUCUCUCCAGAGCAACCCAGGCUGGGGAUUUGAUAGGAAAUGCCAGUUUAUGGAUAAGCUGGUGUGGGAGGUCUCACAGCAUUACAAGUAAGCUUUGGUAUGGCUCAUUUCUGUCGAUUGCAGACAGGAGUGGAAGUGGAUUCACAAUUUUGAUCAUUGAAGGUGGUUGUCAUAGGGGAUUUCAAGUGCUGCUGCUGGUUUAUUGAGGUAUAAUUAUAUUCUUACUUUUUCCUUUGUUGAAUACUGAAAUUUUAUUUUGUAUUUGCCCUGUCUGUCUUUUGAGGAAUGAGGAUUUUGUAGGGCAAAUUUGAUGUUGUAAUAAUUUCUGUUAAAAGUAGUUUUUUUUUUUU